CCCGGGUGGCCCCUGGAGGAGCUCGGGGGCCGCGGCGGGGCGAGCCCCGGUGAGCGCCUCCGCCUCUCCGCAGGGCCCGCGGGAGCCCGGCCGGCCCGGGGAGCCUGAGCCCGGCGCUGCCCCCCGAGGACGGCGGCUCCUCGGAGGCCACCAUGCCGGCAGGUGCUCGGUGGGGCGAGGAGCCGCCUGCGAGGCCGGCGGCUGCUGAGGGCGGCCGGGGCAGGUGCGGUGCGGGGGACGAGGCGUCGGUAGAGCGAUGCAGACAGCCAUUGUGAUCACCGAGCAGCCGGUCUCCGUCUCUGUCCCCGUUGGUUAUUCCUUCACGCUGCGGUGCAGAGCCGAGGCUCGUACAUUGCUACAGUACCAGUGGUUUUGUCAGCGCCAGUCUGUCUGCUGCCAGAUUCCUGGUGCUACCAAGCAAGACUUGCCUAUCACUGCACAACAGACCCAACUCUACACCUGCAGAAUCAAUGACCUCUACAGAAAUGCCGUCUUCUCUGACUGGGUGAAGGUGGAGGUCCAUCCGUGUGUUGCCAGAGGACUGCUCCCUCAGCUCUGGCAAGGAGAACCGGUCAUCAUCCUCAACCCCACUGAGCAGAAGGUGGAAGUUGGGAAGCCACUACUGCUGCAGUGUGCUGCCAUGGGGGUCCCAGCCCCCAGCUACCAGUGGUACUGCAAUGGGAACGUGCUGGAACACCAGAAGAAAAAAAAGCUCUGGAUCACCCACGCCAAAGUCAGUGACUCCGGCACGUACCUCUGCUGUGCCUCCAAUAGCCAUGGAGAGCACUGGACCAACGCAGUGGACAUUCACAUAGGUUCCUGUCGUUCAGAGAAGUUUUUUGCUACAGGCAAGAUAGCACUUUUAGUGGGCAACAACCGCUACCAGCAUCAUCCAAACCUGAUGGCUCCCGUCACAGAUGUGUUUGAGCUGAGUGUUCUUCUGAAGCAGCUGGGCUUCCAAGUUGUCUCUCUUCUGGACCUGAACAAAGCUGAGAUGGUGACAGCAGUCAGUCGGUUCCUGCAGCUCCUGGGAAAAGGAGUCUAUGCAAUAUUCUACUACGCUGGGCAUGGCUAUGAACAUCUGGGGAGGAACUACAUGGUCCCCAUUGAUGCUCCACAACCGUAUGCCCCUGAGAACUGCAUCAGCGUGCAGAGGAUCCUCCAGAAGAUGCAGCAGCAGCAGACGGCCCUGAACCUCAUCCUGCUGGACACCUGCAGAAAAUGGUACAACUUAGAGUGUGCCCUCUCCCAGGUACAGCCGCUGGAGCCCUGGGGCAAUAUUGUUUAUGGCUACGCCACGAGUGAAGAUGCGGAAGCCUAUGAGUUGCAGGAUGGGGAGUUCAGCUCUGGGAUCUUCAUGAAAUAUUUGAAGAAACAUAUUUUGCAGGAGAAGAAGGUUACACACAUGUUGGAGGAUGUGUUAGAAGACAUUGGCCGGGAUCCCUUGGUCACUGGGAAGCAGGUGAUGGAGAUCAAACACACUCUGAAGGAAGCCCGCUCCCUGACAGACCCCAUCUGUCCCUUGGGAGCAGCCGUGGAGCGCUGGGGAUGUGGCCACGAGCCACCGAGAGAAACAGUGACGUUCCCCUGUGGGGUGCGGGCAGAGCUCCGCUUCCAACACCUUUUCUCCAAUGUGAUGUCUGUCUGCGCCAAGCUGCAGGACCCCCCGGCCCAUGUCACUGAUGCCUACCUCAUGCUCCGCCAGCCCACCGAGGUGGAUGAUGUGGCCAACCUGGAGGAGAGCCGCCCGGACCAAGUGGAAUCUCUGCUCGCAUCUGUUUGCAAGCAGGAGGAGCAGGACUGCAUCUUCCAGCUCUGUGGACUACAGAAAAUUCAGGUGGAUGUGGUCCUGCAGUUGGAUUUGCAUUACACCCAGCUGAGCACAAAGAAAAGGACUUGUGAAAGCCUUCAGAAAAUCCUCCCAAAAUCUCUGCUGGGGCAGUUUUUCAGCCAGAGGAACUAUGCCCAGCCAAAGUACCAGAACACUCCUGCCUGGGCAGACCCGAAGGGGCAGCAGGCAUCCUUGAGGACAGGUGCUGGCCACAGCUUGCCCAGCAGCAACCCCUCCAACUCCAGCAGCGAGCCGGAGGAGAAUGACGAGAGCAGCCUGAGCGAGCUGUGCUCGGCACUGCUGCGGGCUGGCCCCGGGCAGGACCAUCCGUGACCCUGCAGGCUGGCGUGUGCAGCUGAGGGGUGGCUGCCUUGUAGAGGCAGCAGUUAUUCAAGUGCUGAACACGGCAGAAUUUAUCUGCUUCCCAGCCUCAGCGAUCACCCUGUCCAAAUGAGGCCAAGGCUGCUUUUUUGGAAAGGCUUCUCCCAUCUGGUCCUGAAGCCUGCUAGAAACGACCCCUGUCCCACAUGAGGCUGUAGGCAUCACCAAGGAGUCACUGUCACAUCUGGCGGAGGACCCGGCCACCCGACAAGUCAUAAUAUUGCCAGACAGAACCCAACAGUGCUCACAGUCAAGGGCACGGGAUGGUGUUUUCUGCGAAUCAGAGUUUGCGAAGCAAGUGCCUGAAAGCAAGCGUUGCAGCAUUAAUUGUGUUGAGAAACCCACAAACACUACAGUCCUGCACUACAGCAGAGGCACCAUCUCAAAGCCCACAACUGCUGUUACUGCUUGUGCCAAGGACACAAGGAAUGACCAAGGGACCCAGAUAAAACUGUGUGAAUGUGUAAGCUUUCUCCUGGGGUUGCACUGGGGGUUUCCUUCCUUGCAAGUCCUGCUUGUGUCCAAGCAGGUUUUAAAUUAUGUGUUUAUAUAUUUCUACAGAAUGUAUUUAUACUUGAGGCAAGAAGAGUGCUUGCUAGGAAAAGGAGGCUCAGAUGUCCUGUCAGGUGCAUGUUUACAGUGGAGGCUGGUUUUCCAUCAGUAGUAGCCCCUGGGCAGGUAAAUUUCUGCAUGCCCCUUGUAGCAUGUUACAUUGGGGCAUAAAAGGGUGUUAAAUUCUGCGUGGUCCUGAGUUCCUCUCAGAUGCAGAAUCUCUACAUGUGGGAGAUGGAAAAGACCAGGAUGGAGGAGGAAGAACCUCAAAAAUAGUUAUUACUGCAACUGGUUUUUUUGUUUGUUUUGUUUUGUUUUGUAAGUGCCUGUCUCAGUGUGCGUGCACUGUGGGCAGCCUGAAGCACUACUUUCUGUGGAGAACCAGCCGUCCAGGGAGGAACACAGGUGAGGAGGCCCAGCCUGAGUGGUUGCAGUCUCCUCCCUGCCUGCUUCUCUAAUUUUUCUUUAAUAAGGGCCUAGGAGGACAAUCAAAAAGCACACAGAGGCCAGUGACCCCAGUGAGGUGUGGGUUCUCCAUCCCUGGAGACAGUCCACUCCAGACUGGAGAAGGUGCUGGUGAGCUGAUGGAAGUUGGCCUUGCUUGGAGCAGGGAGCUCUACCAGAGAGCUCCAGACAACUCUUCUGGCAAUUGUGAUCCUGUGGCAGAAGGAAUUUGGAGCUCAAAGACUUCUUGAGAAGUCAGGGAUGGUGGGGUGAGAUGGGAAGAGUGCCUGAGCUCUCUCUGCUGUCUUGUUCUAAAAGAGGGGUGGGGAGAACAUUUUCUGAGUUUUGGUUCUUCUUCGGCCGUGAAGAUAACAGCAUAUCAGUGUACAGUGGGGACUGCUUAUUGCAGCAUGGAAAAAUAUGAAAUGCUUCUUCCAGAUAAACCAUCCUACAAAUGCUGGAAGCCUGUCCAAAGAGAACAGAGGAGGCUUUUAUUCUCCUCACAGUGAGUAGAGCCAAGGGAAAGAAGAGAGGCCCCAUCUGGCUGAAGUCUAGAAAGUCUUCUAGGAAAAAAAAGUAAAGCUCAAAAAAAAAUAAAUUACAGGAUGAAGUUUAAAUAAGAUGGACUGAUAGAGAAACUAAACCAGAAAAUAAUAAACUAACUGAGGGGAGAACCAAAGAUUAAAUCAACACCAGCAGAAAUUUAAGACAGGUCAGUGGGAAUUGCUAUGGAGCCAUUUAGGAGGAGUACAGUACUCAAAAGGAGGGAUUAUACACACCCUUCUAUACCGGUGGGGCAAAGUGUGUCUCUGGCUCGUGUAAUUAUGGCAGAUGUCAUCUCAUGUGAAUGUUAAUCUCAUUCAAAGCAAGGCUGUUUAUUUUUUCUAAAUAAAACACUUGCUGUUUUUGAA